AUGGAUAUGGCUGCGCCGUCCAAGCCAUCCUUCAAACAAGCCUGUGAUAAUUGCCGGCGACGCAAGAUCAAAUGUUCCCGGGAAUUACCAUGUGAUAAAUGCCAGCGACUGCUCUUGUCGUGUUCUUAUAGCGAUGUGCUGCGUCGAAAGGGUCCCAAAUUCCGAACUUUGUACCCUCUGGCUCCGAUACAUCCACUGUCCGCACGCAACGACACCUCCCAGGAGCAACUGUACACCGACCAGGACAGUUACCCAGAGGGUUCGUACGGACUCAGCUCGCCGGCAUCACCGGCAUUCGUGAUCCCCGACGCCGCACAGUAUGUGCCUCCGGACCUGUCGGAUACGCUCUCUCAACUCCCGCCGCCAGAGCUGGUCUCGUCGCCGGACUCGACGGAUUCCAUGAACGAGUCCAUUCGGGGCCCGAGUGGGCAGAUGCUUCCCCGUCCACGCCGUCUCUCGCCUCAGAUCCUCCUGGCCCAUGUGAAUGUCUACCUGAAAUAUCUCUUUCCGAUCAUGCCAGUGGUCCGUGGCGAUCAACUGCGGCGGGAUAGUCAGCAACCGGAGCUGCUGUCGCCCUCCAGAUAUGCCUUCUUGGCCUCGCUGUGCGCCGCCACUCACAUCCAGCUGAAACUGGACGGCGAUACGCCGGUGCCCGAACCGGCCCGUCUUCAGAGUCUGGACGAUGGCCAGUCACUGUUCUCGGGCGAGAAGCUUCUGUCCGAGGCGCUGCGGGCCCGACGAGAUUGUGACAUCGUGGAGGAGGUGAGUGUCGAGAGCCUCCUCACCUCCUUUUUCCUCUUCGCCUCCUACGGCAAUUUGGACAAACAGAGUCAUGCGUGGUACUAUCUCUGUGAAGCCAUCUCCAUGACCUUCUCCCUGGGUCUGCACCGCGAAUCGACCUACGCCGAGCUCAGUGUCGAAGAUGCCGAGGAACGACGACGAGUCUUUUGGCUGCUCUUCAUCACAGAAAGAGGCUAUGCACUCCAACAAGCCAAGCCAGUCAUGCUACGCAGUUCCAUUCACAAACCUCAAGUCCUCUGCUCCGAAGAUCCCAUUCUCGCCUACGGGGGGAGCCGACGGCCUGCUGGAGCGACCUCCCCCACGUCCAGCAUUCAAUCCAGCCUAUGCAAGCCGGUCUCGCUGGACGGGGUGAUGGAAAUCCAACAAGUCGACAUCCUCAUCACCCAACAAUGGCUGCAGGCCAUGAUGUGGAAACUGUCCAUGAGCCAUGCCACCCAGCCAGGGAACCACGACGACAGGGUCCUUCCCUUUCACUUGCCCGUGAUGGUCGGCAAGGCCGUCAUGGGGGUCAUCGGGUCUGCAUCCCAGGGGGCAGUGGACGCUCACGGCAUCGGAAUGGAGCAAAAACUCUUCGAUAUGGGGUUAUCCGUGGCCGAUGUCACUCAGUCCCUUGGCGCCAAAGGAGUCCACCGCCUCGCCGAAUCCACCGUCGACCCCCGCGAACUCCUCUGGGGCAUCUUGCAAACGCUCUCGCAAAUCCGGGGUUCCCCAUCAUAUCUCUUCCCCACCCUCCUCGAACGCUGCAAGUCCGUCCUGGGACUCGACUGCACCAUCACCAUCGGCAACUUUCUCCCAACUUUGGGCUCCCACGUGCCCCAUCCAACUGGGGUUCCAUGGGCAGGCGAGCACGGCUGGGAUCUCCUUGCCGCCUGUCGAGACGUACAUGGCGCCCACGAGAUUCACAUGGAAGGCGAGCAUCACGAGCGCAUUCAGCGACACCUCCCUGGAAUUGGGGUGGGAUCACAGCUUGGAUUUUAA